AUGGCGCCCAUCCGAUCUACCCAGGGGUUUCAGGCAUCCCUUUCGAGGCCCACCAGCGAGCUCUCGCUGGCGUCGGGAGCAGAACUUCUCCCCGUUUCGCGGCGCCUGGCGUCGGGGCGCUCGUCGGCGGCCAACUCCGACAUGGAGGACGACCCGACGGGGAAGUCCGACCUUGAGUCGGGGGCGCGCUCAAAGAAGAUAUACUCUGCCAAAAAGCCGGUCAACUUCUGGCUGCUGCGGGUGCUCUUGAGCGUCGACCGCCGGCUGUACUACUCGCUGGCCCUCGUGUCGUGCUUUGGCAUGCUGUACAUCGGCAGCAAGACGUCGGGCAUCAUCGUCUUCGUCCUUAUCACGUGCGUGCUCAGCCUGCUCUUUGCGUGCUACCUCGCGCAAUGGGUGCUCGCAAAGGACGAGGGACCCCCCGAGAUGAUUGAGAUCUCCGAUGCGAUUCGGGACGGCGCCGAGGGCUUCUUCCGGACGCAGUACGGGGCGAUUGGACGUAUGUCCGUGUUCCUGGCGGUGGCGAUCGUGGUGAUCUACCUGUUUAGAAAAACGACACCCGAGCAGGAAGCUGCUGGGCUGCAGCGGUCAACACUGGCCUUUAUCACGUGCUUCUCCUUCCUGCUGGGCGCCGUAUGCUCCGCGAUCGCGGGCUACGUCGGGAUGUGGGUCUCGGUGCGUGCGAACGUGCGCGUCGCGGGCGCGGCCCGGAGGUCCGCACGGGAGGCGCUGCAGAUUGCGCUGCGGGCCGGGGGCUUCUCGGCGCUGAUUGUGGUGGGCAUGACCGUACUGGGGAUCAGCAUCCUGUACUCAGCCGCCUUCGUCUACUUCGACGUUCGGGGCCUCAACUCCAUGUACAUGGAAGACGUGCCUCUGCUGCUGGUGGGGUACGGUUUCGGCGCCUCCUUCGUGGCGCUCUUCGCCCAGCUGGGCGGGGGCAUUUACACCAAGGCCGCUGACGUCGGCGCUGACCUGGUCGGCAAGGUCGAGCAGGGGAUCCCCGAGGACGACCCCAGAAACCCGGCUGUCAUCGCAGAUCUGGUUGGGGACAACGUGGGCGAUUGCGCAGCGAGAGGAGCGGACUUGUUCGAGAGCAUAGCGGCGGAGAUCAUCAGUGCGAUGAUACUGGGAGGGACUAUGGCCAAAAAGUGCAAGAUUGCAGACGCCUCAGGUUUCAUCCUCUUCCCGCUCGUCGUCCACACCUUCGACUUAGUCGUCUCCGCAAUCGGCAUCCUUUCCAUCAAGGGCACGCGCGACCCGUCCUCCAAGAGCCCCGUCGAGGACCCCAUGCUAGUUCUCCAGCGCGGCUACUCGCUCACGCUCUUUCUGGCCGUCCUCGCUUUCGGGGGGUCCACCCGCUGGCUUCUGUACUCGGAAGCUGCCCCCUCGGCGUGGCUGCAUUUUGCGCUGUGCGGGCUCGUGGGCAUUAUCACCGCGUACCUGUUUGUGUGGAUAUCCCAGUACUAUACCGACUACAAGUACCGCCCGGUGCGCGUGCUGGCCGAGGCGAGCACCACGGGCCACGGCACCAACAUCAUUGCUGGCGUCAGCCUGGGCCUGGAGUCGGUCGCCCUGCCGGUGCUCGUCAUCAGCUGUGCCAUCAUCAGCGCAUACUGGCUCGGCCGGACGUCCGGGCUAGUGGACCAAAGCGGCAACCCAGUUGGUGGCCUAUUUGGCACGGCGGUCGCCACGAUGGGCAUGCUCAGCACGGCCGCGUACGUCCUCACAAUGGACGUCUUCGGACCGAUUGCGGACAACGCGGGCGGCAUCGUGGAGAUGAGCCAGCAGCCGGACAACGUGCGCGAGAUCACGGACCUACUCGACGCCGUCGGGAACACGACAAAGGCGACGACCAAAGGGUUCUCGAUCGGGAGCGCGGCGCUGGCGUCGUUCCUGCUGUUCAGUGCCUACAUGGAUGAGGUGUCCAGCUUCACGGGGAUCCCCUUCACGCAAGUGGACAUCGCCAUCCCGGAGGUCUUCGUUGGCGGCCUGCUGGGCUCCAUGCUCAUCUACCUGUUCUCCGCAUGGGCCUGCGCCGCAGUCGGGCGCUCCGCGCAGGAGGUGGUCAACGAGGUGCGGCGGCAGUUCCUGGAGAAGCCGGGGAUCAUGACGUACCAAGAAAAGCCCGACUACGCGCGGUGCGUCUCCAUGGUGGCCACGUCGGCCCUGCGCGAGAUGGUGAAGCCCGGGCUGCUGGCCGUGGGGUCCCCCAUCCUAGUUGGCAUCGUCUUCCGGAUAAUCGGCGCGUACUCGGGGCAGAGCCUACUGGGCGCCAAGGCUGUGGCGGGGAUGCUCAUGUUCGCCACAGUGUCUGGAAUCCUGAUGGCGCUGUUCCUGAACACGGCGGGCGGCGCGUGGGACAACGCCAAAAAGUUCAUCGAGAGCGGGGCGCUGGGGGGCAAGGGGAGCGACACGCACAAGGCGGCAAUCACGGGGGACACGGUAGGGGACCCGUUCAAGGACACGGCGGGGCCCUCCAUCCAUGUUCUGAUCAAAAUGUUAGCAACGAUCACACUCGUCAUGGCUCCUCUCUUCUUGGAUUGAGCUACCUUUUUCUUGUUGCACCCGAAAGGGGCAGAAUCUGUGUCAUACAUACGUUUCCACGCGACAAGGCUUUCGUACUUCAAGACGAUUAGAGGCUACCCCAAAGGUCUAGAGUUGCAAGUCGCGUCCGCAUACUUUUACGACGAUUGUUGAGAUGAUUGCCUUGUACACUACGGUUACAAUGAGAUGGUAUCCUCAACGUGAAUCAAACAAUCUUGACCCCAGUGCCCAGAUACUUGACAUUGCAACGAAGUCGUUUAUUCAACUAAUACUCCAUUAUGAGUUCCGAGUACUCAAGGUCGAUGCAUUGCCUGCUCCUUCCUUUGAAAAAUACGGCCCAGACCGCC